CCCUCAAUAUCGUCAGUUUUCUCAACUACUUGGCGUUCGAUGGGAGGAGCCGAGGACGAUGAAAUCGUAAAGGAAAAUCGAGGCCAGCCUCCAGUCGAAUUUGCUAGCUGUCAAUUGAGCUAAGUGUUUUGAACCUGUUUUUAUCGGUCCGACAUUCCUAUGUAGUUUGUAAAGUGAUUAGUGCCGUGGUGGCGUGCUUAAAACCGCUUCCUCGAAGGUGAGGUGAGAGAAAGAGUGCAUUGGUGCCAUGUUCACGGGAACUCUGCGCGUGAAAAUAUGUGAGGCCCAGGGCCUUAGGCCGACGGAUUUCUCUAAGCGCCACACUUUCGGGAAGGCCGACGAGCAACUCCUAGAUCCGUACGUGACCAUCGACGUGGACGACACCCAUGUGGCCCGCUCUACCAGUAAGCAGAAGACUUUUGAUCCUCUGUGGAACGAAUUUUUCGAACACCAGGUGGAGAAUGCCAAGACGCUGACCCUGACAGUUUUCCACGAUGCUGCUAUUCCGCCCGAUGUUUUUGUUGCUAAUGUUUGCAUUCCCUUCGAGGAUCUCCUCAGCAGGGAAAAGGAUGCAUCUGAUUUUUGGGUGAAAUAUGGGGCCAAGCCGAGGGAAUUCAAAGAACGCCAAGGCUUCAAUAGGAGACGAGGUGCUAUGCGAAGAAGGGUUCAUCAGGUUAAUGGUCACAAAUUCAUGGCAACUUUUUUGCGUCAACCUACCUUUUGUUCCCACUGUAAACUUUUUAUUUGGGGUGUAUUGGGCAAGCAGGGCUAUCAAUGUCAAGGUUUGACGCAGUUACCUACGGUACAAUCGAGUCAACAUCAAAGUACUGGCUUCAACGUGAACGUACCACAUCGAUUUGUAGUUCAUAAUUACAAACGUUUCACAUUUUGCGAUCAUUGUGGAUCUCUCUUAUACGGACUGAUUAAACAAGGUCUUCAGUGUGAAGCUUGUUCAUUAAAUGUUCACAAACGUUGUCAGAAAAAUGUCGCCAACAAUUGCGGAAUCAAUACGAAACAGAUGGCAGAAAUUCUCUCGCAAAUGGGAAUUUCACCCGAUAUACAGCCACCGAGGCGUAAAUUACUAUCUGGAUCUGGUGGAAAUGGAGGUCAACAAGAAGGCUCCCCUGAAAACUCUAAUGCAAGUAGUGAUCCAACUCCUGAGGAUUUAUCGAAAAUCACUGAAGAGAAAAUGGCAAACAGUGAUGAAGUAGCCAACUCCAGAAAAUCACUAGGAGUCACAGACUUUCACUUUGUGAAAGUUUUAGGUAAAGGCAGCUUUGGAAAAGUGAUGUUAGCUGAGAAGAAAAAUACAGAAGAAGUUUAUGCCGUGAAGGUAUUGAAGAAAGAUGUAAUAAUACAGGAUGAUGACGUUGAUUGUACCAUGACAGAAAAACGCAUCCUAGCCCUGGCUGCCAAUCAUCCAUUCCUAACAGCUCUCCACUCAUGUUUUCAAACAAGAGAUAGGUUAUUCUUCGUCAUGGAAUAUGUCAAUGGAGGCGAUCUUAUGUUCCAGAUACAACGUGCCAAGAAAUUUGACGAACCUAGGGCAAGAUUUUACGCUGCUGAGGUGACUUUGGCACUACAGUUUUUACACAAACACGGUGUUAUUUAUCGUGAUCUCAAAUUGGAUAACAUUCUAUUGGAUGCCGAAGGACAUUGUAAGCUUGCUGAUUUUGGUAUGUGCAAGGAAGGUAUAUUGGAAGGGAUCACAACGUCCACAUUUUGUGGUACGCCAGAUUACAUAGCUCCUGAAAUAUUGCAGAAAAGCAGAAAAGAUGUGACAAAUUUCGAUGCAGAAUUUACCAGAGAAGAACCUGUUUUGACACCUGUUAGCAACCAGGUUCUCCAGUCAAUCAACCAGGACGAAUUCCGAGGUUUCUCAAUAAUGAAUCCAGAUUUCAAUCCAGCACGUUUUUCAGCAGAGUAAGGAUUUUCCAACCAGCAAUAUACAACAUGAAACACCUUCACGUUUCUUUCAUUUUCAAUCUAUUCGUGGGUAAAAAUUUUGUAAAAAAAUUUAUUAAUAUUUAAAUUGGUUUUGUUCACCUCACCUAAGGUGUAUUAAUUUGUUACAAUAGAAGAGUUAGGUUCUUUGAUUCUAUCAUACAGGUUUAUGUUGAUGAAUUUUCCCGUAAUUACAUAAUUGAAUUGCAUGAUUAAAAUCGCAGCUUUAGUUGUGAAUAUGUUAUUUGGUUUUGUAUAUAGAACUUUAGCUGAGUUGCUUCAUUCAGUAAGGUUUUGAAUGUUGUUGACAAAAACAAAUAAAUCAAACAAUGAAUGAAAAGCACUACUGAAAUAAUCUUGCAACCCAUUUGUGGUAAUUAUGGAUUGGAUUAUCCCUGUGCAAAAACAACUUGCAUUUCCAACUUGCAUUUUUUGCUUCUAUUCUGAUGAGGUUAUAAGGAGUUUCAGAGAAUCUGCUCUUUACUAAGAAUUGUAUUUUUAUUAUUUCCAAUGGAACUUGACUUUUUUCAUUGUUUUUAAUUAAACUGGUUUUUUUAUUAGUACAGUAAAUUCUCAGUUAUCCGAAGUAAAGGGGUGACUGCUAUUUCGUAUGCCGAAUGUUAUACUUAACUCGUUAACAUCCACAAAUAACCUACUAAAAGAGAAGGAGAAAUGAAUCACAAACGAUUUAUGAUGGUAUACUCGUUUUUUUUUAUUUUUGAAUGGGGUAUGUUAAUCAAAACAAUUUAUUGUAUUAUAAAACUCAUGUAUGAAUUACAAAACUCUGUGAUUUCUGGGAAAUAUAAAAAAGGUUUUGCUGUUUUGUAUUCAAGAAGUACUCUUGCACUUGUGUGUUGAAUCAUAUUAUAGAACCGUUUUGGUUAAUUGAGGUUUUACUGUACAUGCUUUAAUUUUGCUUGAAGUACAUUGCAUCACUUUUUUGUUAAUAUUUUCAUUUUAUCCAUUAGAUACUUUCUGUGUCUCAACCACUCUGAGACUAAAGAGGUCAGUUGUUUCUCGAGCAUAAUUUUCUUGUAUUUGCAGAAACCAAUGAAUUGUCUGGAGGAAUUUGAAUAACGGGCAUCUUUUCUGGGUUUACAAAUUUCCACAGAUCUAUUAUUUUAAUGAGUCUCGUUUAUUAAAUUUUUAGAUGACCGAGUGAACAGUGAAGGAACAUUCUAAGAAUGGAUACUACUAAUACAUACUGUCUAAAAGGGCAGUCUCUUAAAAAUGAUGAAACAUAAAUUGUAUAAAUUGGAUAAACAGGGAUAAAUUGUAAUAAUUGGAUAAACAAAAUUUGGAUACUUCCUCAAAAGAAAUAUUUAACCUUUGGACUCCCUACAAAUUUCCAAAACCUUUCACCAAAGAAAGGAACUUUCUUACAUGACUUAUGCUUUUUUCAAUAUUUAUAGUUCAAUAUUAUCUUGAUUUUCUAGUUUAUCCUGAAAAGGUAUCAAAUACAGUAAUUCCUCCUAAAUAAUUCAUAUGGUGUUCCUACAUUCUUUAACAUUUUUUGGUCGAUAUUCUCUCUUUACUACUCAUUAACUUCAAUUAUAUUAGCAUUCAAAUAAUAAUUCGUAACUAGAUUGCUAGAUUUGAAGAGUUAUAAUAAAUAAGUAUAAUAUAAUAAACAUGUUCAGUGAGUCGGCCAAAAAGUGUCAUCUUCAUGCUUAAGGUAGUGCCUUUGAAGGAAUUUUAAAUAUUUUUGACCAGUCUUAGAUUUAUGCCUUAUACGUUGAUAAUAUUUUAGAUCUUAUUAUGAUGAUCUCAUAAAUAACUUUUAUGAGAUAUAUUUGUGAACUCUGACGGUUUUUAUGUUUUAUUUUCUUGCUGUGAUUUCUGGAUGUCCUACAAUGUUAAGAACAGAAAAAUGUAGAUUAUUGAAAUAACGUAUUACUCUAGUCAUGAAAGGCCUAUGGCCUGGGCCUAUAUAUAAAGAUUGUAACGAGUGGGUUGCAUUAGUCAUUCAUUUCAAAACACAUUAAAAGAAUCCUAGAAAAAAAGUAAUUUAAAUUUUCCAAUUGAUUUUUAAUUGAAAACAGAUUUUGACUUAUUUUUUCUAACUGAAAUAUUUUUUCCAGGAUUCAGCUUGCUGUACACUUGUAAACAAUACAUCUAGACUGUACUUGCCCUUGAGUAUGGGUGGAUUUCAGGUACAAAAUAUUGCGAAUUCAACUGAUUACAAAGUUCAGAAUAAUUUUCAGUUAAAAUAUCAAGUAUUGUCCUAAAUAUGUAGAAAUUGAAAAAAUUAAUCUUUUCUUCGCCCAUUGGGCUCAGUGUAGUAUAGAGGGAAUUGUUGAAUUUGCCUUGAAUUUUUGUGCAAAAUCCAUUCCCUAAAGCACGUUGAACUCAUGUUUUUCUAGUUACAUUGUUGUGAUACUAUGGAAAUAUGCAAUUAGGUGACAUGUUUUUAGGAAUUGUGCAUAAAAAUUUACAAAGCCUUUAUAA